AUGUCGAUCCCUACGCACCAUAGCCAUUAUCAGCUUGCCGCUAGAAAAGUCCCGGUGAAUACUGUAGAGGUGAAGUUGCAGGUGUACAACGCGUGGUGCACUCCAAUCUCGGCAAACCUCGGCUUCCGUUCGGCGAUGGGUUUUGGCCUUGAUCUCCUGCGAGACCACAUCCACAUCUGUGAAAGUCUCAUAUCAGAGCCCCAUACUGCUUCUUUGCGUCAACCUCGCGUUCCUCUCGCUCGACUCCUCAGCCGGACAAGCAGUCCUCCCGCAAUUCAUCCUGGCAUUGAACACCUAUCUAUGGCGCCCUCGCGAUCAGCAAUACCAUCAGAGACAUCUCCGGAUGAGACAGCCGUUGCUCAGCAAUCAUCAUCAGCCUACCAAAACGCUCGGCGAAACUUCAACUACCUCAUAAAUCCAGGCACAUCAGACCAACCAGCCCGCUUGCGUACCAGAGCUCUCUUACGCACUCUCCGCUACAUCAGCCAAUUCGUAAUCUGGAGACUAGUUCGCUGGGCAAAGUAUGCUGCUGUAGCUUUUGCAGUCGCGACAGUGGGAGGAACGUUGGUCAGUGGUGCUGGUUUUGUGCUUGCGCCGACAGGGAUUGCUGGCAGUGUUGUGGCUGCAAGUGUCUGGGGAGUUGGAAAGUUCAUUGCGAGGAGAGCGCAUGAUCGAUGGAAGGCUGGUGGAGGAGAUGUUGGGAAUGCUGCGAGAGAGAGGGCGGGAGAUGAAGCGAGGGAUAGGAGGUUGGUUACUGAUUCGACUGAAGUGGGCGCUUCAGCUGUACCUUGGUGA